AUGGAUUACCAACAAAGUCAACCCCUCGGUCUUGAGACUCCAAAACUCUGGUGCAUCCCAGCUCGUCCACUCGUCUGCGUUCUCGCCUUCCUCGGAGUGGCUCGUGGAAUUGCUACUCUCAUCUGGUCCGGCAACUGGGGAGAACGUGUCGCUGACAUCAUUUUCCUCUUCCUCAAUCUUCUUCUUCUGUUCGGUGCCGCCCGUAACAACGAGCCAGCUCUCAAAUGGUCGCAGAGAGUCGUCUUCUUGGCUGUAAUCCUUGCAGUCAUUCAGUUCAUGAUCUGGCCAGUUAUGUUCGCCAGUUUCACCGCUUCCGGAUUGGCUGAUAAGAACAACACAAUGAUCGCUUUGGAGGAUGAUCUCAUCAGAACUGAGGACCAGAAAAAGAAGAUGUUCGUUCGUGGAAUGCUCUCAGGCUAUGCACUCGAAUUCGGAACUUUCUUGAUGAUCGGAGCCGAAAUUCUCAAAUACGUCUUGGUCAACCGUCUCUGGCAAUACGCAAAGUCGACCGAGAACAUUGGAGGAGGAAACCAGUACAUCGUCCCAUAA